AUGGCGGUGGAUCUGACCCCGAGGCAGCCGGCGAAGGCGUACGGUGGCGAGGGCGGCGCCUACUACGAGUGGAGCCCAGCCGAGCUGCCCAUGCUCGGUGUCGCCUCCAUCGGCGCAGCCAAGCUCUCGCUCGCCGCCGGCGGCAUGUCCCUCCCCAGCUACUCCGACUCCGCAAAGGUCGCCUACGUCCUCCAAGGCAAGGGAACCUGUGGCAUCGUCCUGCCUGAGGCCACCAAGGAGAAGGUGGUCGCCGUCAAGGAGGGUGACGCUCUGGCGCUCCCGUUCGGCGUGGUCACCUGGUGGCACAACACCCCGGGGUCUGCGACGGAGCUCGUCAUCCUCUUCCUUGGCGACACCUCCAAGGGCCACAUGCCCGGCCAGUUCACCAACUUCCAGCUCACGGGCGCCAGCGGCAUCUUCACCGGCUUCUCCACAGAGUUCGUCGGCCGCGCCUGGGACCUCAAGCAGAAUGACGCGGCCAAGCUCGUCUCCAGCCAGCCAGCCUCCGGCAUCGUCAAGCUCUUGGCCGGGCAGAAGCUCCCCGAGCCUGUCGCAGAGGACCGCAAGGACAUGGCGCUCAACUGCCUGGAGGCCAAGCUCGACGUGGACAUCCCCAAGGGCGGCCGUGUGGUGGUGCUCAACACGGCCAACCUGCCGCUUGUUAAGGAGGUCGGGCUGGGGGCUGACCUGGUCAGGAUCGACGCCCACUCCAUGUGCUCCCCUGGAUUCUCGUGCGAUUCGGCGUACCAGGUCACGUAUAUCGUCCGUGGCAGCGGGCGCGUGCAGGUCGUCGGCCCGGACGGCAAGCGUGUGCUGGAGACCCGCAUCGAGGGCGGCAGCCUCUUCAUCGUGCCCCGCUUCCACGUUGUGUCCAAGAUCGCUGAUGCCUCUGGCAUGGAGUGGUUCUCCAUCAUCACCACCCCCAACCCGAUCUUCAGCCACCUGGCGGGGAAGACAUCGGUGUGGAAGGCCAUCUCGCCGGAGGUGCUGGAGGCGUCAUUCAACACGACGCCGGAGAUGGAGAAGCUCUUCCGGUCCAGGAGGCUUGACUCCGAGAUCUUCUUCGCCCCCAACUAG